UUAAACGUUAGAAGUGGUUCGAAUAGCAGAAGCAACGGUCGGUCAGUUGGCGGUUAGCUUCGGUUGCGGAAAGUGUUGCUAUUGAAGGUCAGUAGAUCUGCCCAUUGAUUCUACCUGCUGGAUCGUGCUCUCAGGGAUCAGUAUCCAAGAACCCCCAUCUCGGCUUAGCAGUGCGAUUAGUAUUCAUCGUUCGUCGAUCGCGAAAAGAUCCCCACACAUCACGGUACUUUUUUCGUAAGCUACGAACAAGGACGAAUAUACAUAAAUUGCCUACAUCACCCGUAGUUUCCUGCCAUUGGAGGAUUUGUGCAACGACAAAGAAUAAGUGGUUGAACCUUUUCGUUCUUUUCUCGGAGUUUACUCCAGAUCAGUCAAGGGGGAAAACUGCUGGUCACGAGUUCCAUUAGGUAACGCCUUAAACCACUUUCGGGUCGACCUUGACGGGUCGUCUGAAUCACACAUCGGAACACCAUUAGCGGAACCCGCUUGAAGUGAGUGAGAAAUAUUUAAAUUAGCUUCGAUUGUUGUGCUACCUACCGCCUUCCAUCGGUCAGUGUGAUUUUGCCGCCCUCCCAACGUAGGUGGUGGUCAGGUGGUUCGUGAAAACAUUGCUACAUCUACUCGAGUGCAGUCUAGAGUAUGCAACAGUGAGGACAUAACUAUCUAUAGCAAUCAAGUGUAGUGCAAUGGCAAGCUACGAUCGGUGCACGGUAGUGCCUAAAAAUAAGCUGAAAACAUGCGCAAUUUGCCUGCUGCUUUGCUUGGCCAACUUGAUCGAACUGAGUGAAGCGCGAAAGGUGGUUAGCAGUGGCCGUGUUACAAAGCCCACUGCGCAACGAGGCUAUGCGAAUCCGGACGUGGCUAAGUUGAGCUAUUCGCCAAACUAUGCUGCACCACCGAAACCGGCGGCACCACCCGCUCCCGUGUCUUCUCCAGUUCAGCAGCCAGGAAGUCCUCCAGUCGGAUGGAACGUACCGCAUAAUGCUCCACCGCCAUAUUCAGCACAGCCCAAUCCAGGUCCUCCACCACCAUACUCCUCACAGGCCAAUCCGAACAUAAACUCAAGAUUCAACGAACCGCCACCGACAUACGUGCAAAAUAAUCCUUCAUUCCAGGGCGCACCUGCCUAUCCGGGUGCUGCUGCACAACCUGGGUUCGGUUAUCAUCCACAACCUGGUCAAGGAUUCCCACCUCAAACCGGCGGUUACCCGGGAGGUUAUCAGCCUGCAGGUUACCAACCUGGAGGUUUCGCACCUGCUGGAUACCCUCAGCAGCCCGGAUACCAAGCUCCUGUCGGCGGUUUCCAACAACCCGGAACAGUGAUCCAUCAUUACGAACAACCUUCCUCUGGUGGUAGUGGUCUAGGAACCGUCCUUGGCGCUGGCGUUGCUGGUCUGGCAGCAGGUGCCGGCGGAGCCGCACUAUAUGAUGCACUCAAACCAAAAGAUUCCAAGGAAGCUGCACCUGCAACAACGGACGGAACAACUACUACAACAACCACAACGACUUUGGCUCCCAUCAAUCCCAACGGCGAUGCACCACUUGCCCCGAUUCCCGUGAAUCCGGCUAGCGAGACACCUUUAGCACCAAUGCCAACGGAUGCCACCACUACCGCGUCGGAGAAUCCCCUUGGAAUUGCACCGCUGGCAAGUUUCCCCGUCUCGGACACUACCUUACCCGAUUCCACCGUAAGUACAGCGGCCGUUGAAAUACCGAAUGCCGCUAUGAGUGUCGAACCGCAGCAAGCGGUGCCGUUGGCACCUUUCACAACCGCUGAUAAUAUCACGACUACUGUAAUGGCGACUGAUUCUACAACGGUGGUAACCGAUCAGCCGGCGGUGACAGCUGGUGCUCCGACAACUGCCCCGCAGCUUGGUGCUCAACCAGCUGCCGGGAAGGCAUCAUAUGUGCAGUUUUCCAGCCUUCUGAUACUGAUCCCAGCGCUGUGCAGAUUCUUGCUGUGGUGAGAUGUGUUUAAACAUUUUGCAAAAAAUAUCCAGGUGAUUAAUUCGUCGAAUAAGUGAAUAAAGAGACCAAUGAUUAAAAAUCAUUCCAAGAAUCAGGCUGAAUUCUUUCGAAGAAAAGAUAGAAAAGAACAUGAAAUGUUUUCUUUUGUAGUUCACCUAGUGUGAAAAUGUCAUGUUACAAACUUUCCUGUACAAGUAUUGGUGAACAAGUUGCCAUUAAGGUAGAGUAGGUCGAAGUUUUAACAAAUAAACCUCUUGUUGAUACAAAACAACACGAAAAAGCUGGUAA